AUGGUUAUUAGCUCUACUAAUACUGAUGUCGGCUCUCCGGCGCAGUCUGAGUCGUCUGAAUCCGUAGAGGAACCCCCUAUACGAAAGAACCGAGAGCCCAAUCUCGCUGUAAAGCCUGAGUUUCGAGAUCACGAGAGUCUUGUUACGGUCACAGGAAUCGACGUUUGCACGGACGCACACAUCCUCGAUGUUAAACACGUCGCCACCCAGUUGGGUGUUGAGGUCAGCCAUGGCCUCAGCACCCACGAAGCGACAGCUCGCCUCGCGAAAGAUGGACCGAACAAGCUCAAGGAUACUGAACGGAUUUCCAUUUUCCAGAUUUUCAUGAGACAGGUCUCCAACAGUCUUACGGUUGUUCUUCUCAUCACCAUGGUUCUUUCUUUCAGUCUGAACGACUACAUAGAAGGAUCUGUAAUUGCUGCCGUUAUUCUGUUGAAUAUCGUUGUCGGAUUUUUUCAGGACUAUCGGGCGGAACAGACUAUCCUAUCACUACAAGCUUUGUCGACGCCAGAAUGCAAAGUUCUACGAGACUCCCAAGUCAAAGUGGUCAAAGUUGAGACGUUGGUGGUUGGAGACGUCGUUCAACUCUCCGCGGGUGGCGUGGUUCCUGCAGACCUGCGACUGUUUGAUAGUGUCAAUUUGUCAACGGAUGAAGCUCUGCUCACCGGCGAAUCCCUCCCCGUUUCCAAAUACCCUGAUAAGGCGCUCCGGACCCUCGACAUGCCCAUUGGAGAUCGAACCAAUAUGGCAUAUUCGGCAUCGAUGGUCGCGCGCGGCAGAGGAUCGGGAAUUGUGGUAGCUACUGGCAUGCAAACGGAAGUCGGGAAAAUCGCCUCGUUGCUACGAGACCGGCCAAAUUCGUCCAGUGAAGGAUCCUCGUUGAAAUGUUGCUGGAAUCGCUUCGUACAAGGAACCAAGCAUGCUCUGGGACUCAUCGGCUCUCCUCUACAAGUUCAGCUGAGCAAAUUUGCUCUACUGUUGUUUGCUCUGGCUAUUCUAUUGGCGCUCAUUGUCUUUUCUGCCAACGUAUGGGAUGUCCGCGACGAGGUGCUCAUCUACGGCAUUUGUGUUGCCGUCGCAGUCAUUCCGGAGAGUCUGAUCGCCGUGCUGACGCUCACAAUUGCCGUUGGCACCAAAGCGAUGGCAAAAACCAAUAUUAUCAUCCGAAGACUAUCGGCACUCGAAGCAGUGGGCGGCGUUACCAAUGUUUGCUCAGAUAAGACCGGAACUCUUACUCAAGGCAAGAUGAUUGUAAGAAGAGCGGUCCUUGCCAACGGCGAAACAAUAACCGUCCAUGACACAACUGAUCCCUUCGACCCGACCAGCGGAACGAUCCAACAGGAGACUUCGAGCACUUCAAACAGCGAAAAGGUGGAUGACAACGUUGACCUUGACUUGUUUCUUGACGUUAUCUCUCUCUGCAAUUUGUCGACGGUCCAAGAUCUCCAGAAAACCGACCCUGACGCCGCAGCAAAGCUGAAUUCCUCCGUCGGAAGAUGGACCACCGUUGGAGAACCCACGGAAAUUGCCCUUCAGGUUUUCGCAAUGCGCUUUCAGCACGGAAAGCCGGAGGCCGUGGCAAAACGGCGUCGCAAACUCGUCCACGAAUUCCCAUUCGACUCAAGUAUCAAGCGAAUGACCAUGGCUUAUACUCGGAAUAGUGCCGAUUCCAUCGAUGUCUUCGCAAAAGGCGCCACUGAAGCCCUGCUUCCUAUAAUGACUUGUACAGAAGAGGAAAAGACCAAGGUAAGUCAUAAUGCCGAGAGGAUGGCCAGCGAAGGUCUCCGAGUCCUGUGUCUUGCCAACAAGACCGUACCUCUUGGUGAACGAGCACAGCUUGCGGAUCGGUCUGUGGCCGAAUCGAAUCUCACCUUCUGUGGCCUUGUUGGCAUGUAUGAUCCUCCACGAGCACAGACAGCGGAAGCCGUGCGAACUUGUCAUCGCGCUGGCAUUACGGUUCACAUGCUCACUGGCGAUCACAUCCGCACCGCUACCGCUAUCGCUGGUGAAGUUGGAAUUAUCGAUGGCACUUCUCUCCUAUCCCCUGUCUCUAUGGAUCGACGCGUAGUCAUGCCUGCAUCUGCUUUCGACAAAUUGUCCAACGAAGAAAUUGACAAGCUCGACGAACUUCCUCUGGUCAUUGCACGGUGUUCACCAACCACCAAAGUCCGAAUGGUGCAAGCAUUACACCGAAGACGGGGUUUUUGUAUCAUGACCGGCGACGGCAUCAAUGACUCUCCCGCCUUAAAACUAGCCGACAUCGGCAUUGCAAUGGGUCUGAACGGUAGUGACGUGGCCAAGCAGGCCGCUGACAUGGUCCUCGCCGAUGACGACUUUGCCUCGAUCUUUCUACUCCAUUUACUCACCUCCAACAUCGCCCAAGUCGUUUUACUUCUCAUUGGCCUUGCCUUUAAAGACCAUAAUGACAACUCGGUCUUUCCCUUGUCUCCUCUCGAGAUCCUCUGGGCCAACCUUGUCACUUCAUCCCCCUUGGCCCUCGGCCUAGGCCUCGAACCCGGCGUACGGGACAUCAUGAACCGCCCUCCCCGAUCCAUGCGCGUCGGCGUCUUCACUAAGCAACUGAUCCUGGACAAAAUGGUCUACGGCGUCACCAUGGGAACAUUGUGCCUUUUGGGCUUUGUGUCCGUCGUAUACGGUACCGGCAACGGCGACCUCGGCGAAGAAUGUAACGAAGACUACAAUUUUACAUGUGAUGUAGUGUUCAAGGCGCGCGCCACCGUGUUUGCAAUCUUGAGUUUCACGCUUCUCGCCACGGCAUGGGAAGUCAAGGACUUCAACGCAUCACUCUUCAAUAUGGGUCACCACCAUACCAACGCUGCUAAUUCGCAGAGAUCCAAGAGAAUCCUCUCCGUCUUCUCUACCGUGUAUCAGAACAAAUUCCUCUUCUGGGCAUGCGUUUCGGGCUUCGCUCUUGUCUUUCCUCUCAUCUACCUGCCUGAAGUCAACAAACGCGUCUUCAAGCACUCUGGCAUCAGCUAUGAAUGGGGUAUUGUCUUUGGCGGCCUUCUUCUGUACGUGCUGGUCAUCGAGUGCUGGAAAGCCAUCAAGCGUUGGCGGCUGAGGAAGGCACAGCGCUCAGUCGGGAUGAAUUCUAGCGCCAAUACGUCGUCCAAGGAAGUCGCUUCUGUCUAA